AUGAAUAUUCACAUUUCCCUCAACAGGAAUAAUUCACAGAGGACAUGGAGGUUGGAAACCACACCAGUGUGACAGAGUUCAUCCUUUUGGGGUUAACGGAAGAAUCUACACUUAGUGUCAUCUUCUUUGUGAUAUUCCUAGGAAUCUAUGCUGUCACCUUAAUGGGCAAUGUCAGCAUAAUCAUGUUAAUCAGUAGCAGUCCCCAGCUUCAUACCCCAAUGUACCUUUUCCUCUGCCAUUUGGCCUUUGUUGACAUAUGGUUAUCCUCCUCAGUCACACCUGUCAUGCUCAUGGGCUUCCUGAGGAAAAGAAUCUCUCUCUCUGUAGCUGGCUGUGUGGCUCAACUCUGUGCUAUGGUCAAGUUUGGGACGACUGAGUGCUUUCUGCUGGCUGUCAUGGCCUAUGACCGCUAUGUGGCCAUCUGCUCCCCACUGCUCUACUCUACCCACAUGUCCCCCAGAAUCUGCAUUCUCUUAGUGGGGAUGUGCUACUUGGGUGGAUGUGUGAAUGCUUGGACAUUUACUGGCUGUUUAUUGAGUGUGUCUUUCUGUGGACCAAAUCAGGUAGAUCACUUUUUCUGUGAUUUCUCCCCUUUGUUAAAAAUUUCCUGCUCUGAUAUCUCCAUUAUUGAAAUUAUUCCUUCCAUCUCUUCUGGGUCCAUUAUUGUGGUCACAGUGUUGGUGAUAUCUCUCUCUUACAUCUGUAUCCUCAUCACCAUCCUGAAGAUGCGUUCUGCUGAAGGGCGACACAAGGCCUUCUCCACCUGUACCUCCCACCUCACCGCAGUUACUCUCUACUAUGGAACUAUUACCUUCAUUUAUGUCCUGCCCAAAUCCAGCUACUCAACUGACCAGAACAAAGUGGUGUCUCUGUUCUACACAGUGGUGAUCCCCAUGUUAAACCCUCUUAUCUACAGUCUGAGGAACAGAGAUGUGAAGGAGGCCCUGAGAAAGACAACUGUCAGAUUGUGUUCUUAG